UCACAAGGGCUGGCAGUAGAAACAGUCCCCCCACCCCCCUGGGUGACAUUUAACGCCACAUUUCCGUUGCUCCGUGCGUAAUAACGCAGGCACGGCGCUGGAGCGCACACUGACUGACCACCGCCGCGCAAACCAUGAGGGUUUGGUAGAUCUUUCUAUAAGAGACGCUGAAUGUAAUUCUAUUUAUCCGCAAACAUGUCUUUUUUAACCAUCCCACACCAAGACAGCAUCAUGAUCAGAAAGAUGGCCCGUGGCCGCACGGCCUUGGGGGGUGACAGUAAUAACAACGAUGAUGAAGAGGAAGAAGAGGACGAAGAGGGGGGAGAGGAUGACGAGGAGGAUGUCCGGCUCAUCCCGAGGUGCUCCCCGGUGCCGAGGAAGCGAGGCGCGUCCAUCUUCGACGAGACCGCGGAGUACAUGCGCAUCCAGCGGGCGCUGCCCGCCGGGAAGAGGGUGGCGUUCGCCGACACAACAGGUGGCGACCUGGUCGACGUGCACGAGUUCGUCGCCUUCGACUCGGACGACGAAAGCGAGAUCGCAAAGUGGGAGGAAGAGGAGGCAAAGUACAGAAAACCCGAGCUGGAGCCGACCUACGAGGUGCGCCCGGAGUUCAGCGCGCCCGACGGGAGCGCGCUGCUGCGCGCAGUGCGCUCCGGUAAAGUAGAGGUGGAGCGCUUGUCUCCGGUGGAGGGCGAGCCGCUCGCCUUCAGCGGGAUCAUACGAGUCCUGAACAUCUCCUUCGACAAAGCUGUGUAUAUCAGAUCCACCAUGGACGGCUGGGGCACCUACUUCGAUUACCCUGCAGAGUAUGUGCCCGGCUCCAACGACGGGGACACCGACCAGUUCUCCUUCAAGCUGUCUUUCGCCCCCCCUUACAUCACGCACGGCUCUCGCAUCGAGUUUGUUAUUCGCUACGAAACCAGUCACGGUGACUUUUGGGCUAAUAACUCCUCCAUGAAUUACGCAGUGACAUUGCUUUUGUCUUAUGAAGAUGAAGCAUUACUGAAAAAAGCAUUUGUGCCUCAUGCAAGAAGCAUACUGAAGCCUCCUAAAGUUUACAGUAUGGAUGAUGAUCAUCUAUUGUCAGAUGAUGAGCAGGAGAAGGAAGAGGAGGAAUCUAGGACCUCCAAUCCUGUACUUGCCAGGCCUAUCCCCGUGUGUCCAGUCAUUGUACAGGAAGAGAUUGAUGUAGAGACUGCAGUUCACCCAUCUGGUUCCCCUGCCACGCCCAGCCACGAGUCUCCAUCUGUUGAUGGCACACUGUCCGCUCAUACCGUAUUCCCAAGUGAACAAUUUCCUUGUACGUCUUCCGAAACUACCCUCCUAACGAAUUCAGGCCCUGUUCUCUGUGCCAGUGAAUCAGUUCAGCCCACAAAGUCAGAGCCUCCACCCAGUUUCCACUGUGACUUGCACAACCACGUAACCGAGCAGCCCGUACACUGUAGUGCCUCUGCACCGCCGCCCGCCGCAGCCCCUUGCCCUUCCCCUCCACAGUCCACAGAAAGAUCAGACGCCUCCCAGGCUGAAGAGGAGCAAAGCGUUGCCUCAGAGGGCUCUGGCCCGUGGGAUCCUGCUUCAGAGAUAAAUCUAUUGUCAACAACGACCGAGGAUGCAGCAACCCACCUGGAGCCGCCUGCUGAAUGUGCCUCUUCUCCCACCGGGACUCUCGAGCAGACGGCUGCGGGAGGUUUGAGUGAACUUGAAGGUUCCACGAGCUCUACGGAACAUUGUGGAGGAAGCACGCCUUCACCUGUGUCUCCUGUGGCAGAGACUCAGGCCUCCCUGGGAGGAGAAAGUGAAGCUCCAUCCUCUCCUGAGCUCACUUCAGUUAACACAGACUCCACAAAGGUGGCACAUUGUGGAGGAAGCACGCCUUCACCUGUGUCUCCUGUGGCAGAGACUCAGGCCUCCCUGGGAGGAGAAAGUGAAGCUCCAUCCUCUCCUGAGCUCACCUCAGUUAACACAGACUCCACAAAGGUGGCACAUUGUGGAGGAAGCACGCCUUCACCUGUGUCUCCUGUGGCAGAGACUCAGGCUUCCCUGGGAGGAGAAAGUGAAGCUCCAUCCUCUCCUGAGCUCACCUCAGUUAACACAGACUCCACAAUGGUGGCACAUUGUGGAGGAAGCACGCCUUCACCUGUGUCUCCUGUGGCAGAGACUCAGGCUUCCCUGGGAGGAGAAAGUCAAGCUCCAUCCUCUCCUGAGCUCACCUCAGUUAACACAGACUCCACAAAGGUGGCACAUUGUGGAGGAAGCACGCCUUCACCUGUGUCUCCUGUGGCAGAGACUCAGUCUCAGGCCUCCCUGGGAGGAGAAAGUGAAGCUCCAUCCUCUCCUGAUAUCACUUCAGUUAACACAGACUCCACAAAGGUGAGCCACAACGUAGAUCCGUCUCCAUCUGUCUCCGCCUUGGACGAGAGGGAACACGCUUCAUGUAUUUCACCAGGAACCUCAGUAGAGAGCGCACCAAGUACUCCGUCAGAGGUUUCCGAGCCUCAGUCAGAGCUUGACGCCAGCGCUAAUCUGAUGCCGGGCGUUUACUUUCUGAGUGGAGUGGUCUCUCUCUCCAUAAUGAUGCAGGAGCCCAGUACCCUCUUCCUCAUUGGACUGCUCAUGGUUUUGCGCCGCUUGUGAGGUUUCUUUUUGAUUCCAAACUAGGCCACCAAGUUGAAACAAUAUGCAAUCCUCCUUCCUAUUUGUAUCUACCUUUAUGCAAAAUCCAAUGCAAAUACAAAAUGCUGACAGACAACAUUUUUCAAGUAUUAUAUCGUGCACUUUUUCAUUGCUGUUGUCAGUGUGGCUAAGGCUGUUGUCCAACCCGUAGAGAAGAUAACGACUGGACAAAGCCACAAGGGGUGAAGAUUGAACCCAAUGGGAAAAAAAGUGUAGGAUCAGGCUCCAGCAGUUUCUACACUUUUUCUUUUACUUUCUCUUCUUUAGUAAAUGGGAUCAAUGAGUAUGUUAAAUUGGUCUCACCCACAUAUCCAACAACAAUAUGACACUAACCUACCAUGUCUGUUAAUCUCUGCAGUGGCUACUUCAAAUAUUAUGGUAAUUUAGCCACAUUUGAACCUGAGUGCAAUGUCACGUGUAAGUUGAACUAUUAAAAUGAUGAUUUAUUCAC